UACUGUCAUAUGUUAUUAUCUGAAAAAAACAGCUCGACAGAGGUGUUAUAUAUGUAACUAUCUCACUCCUUGGACGAAAGCUCGAACAGUAAUUCCGUCCAUCCCAAAUCUCCCGUAUAAGUCUAAACAGAGUCACCAAGAGAGAAACCAAGCCUACUUACCUAGAUACACCUAGUCAACUUAAAGACCGAUAUCGAUCCUGAGAAUACCUUUACACCGACAACCCUCAAUAUGGGACCACCACCGCAGCUAGCACCCUUCUCCCGACCGCUUGGCAUCUUCACGCCUUUCAUUGCGAGGCAAGGCGAGACGAUGGUGCUAAAAGAAAAGGUCCUGUCGUUAUCCGGGGACAGCUUCGAUAUCACUCUUUCCAGUGGCCAACCAAUCUUCAAGGUGAAGGGCGAGACCUUGACGCUUUCCAAUCGCAUGAACUUCAUGGAUGCGAACGGCAACCACUUGUUCUGUAUUCGCAAGAGGCAUCUUAGUUUACACACCACGUACUAUGCCGAGGACCCCAAUGGCCAGGAGCUCUUCGAGGUGCAGAGCAAAUUCAGGCUGGGCGGCUCCAAGUUCAUAUGCACCUUCACUUCGGCGUCCGGUCAGCAAGAGCAGUUGCUGAUGAAGGGCGGCUGGACGGAUACCAACGCUGAGAUUACCGACGAAGCUAGCGGACAAGUGAUCGCAUCAAUCUAUCGCGACCGUUGGAAUGCGCGCGAGUUACUAGGCGGUCAGCAGACGUACAAUGUCACGGUCGCGCCGAACGUUGAUAUGGCCAUCAUCGCGUCGAUGUGUAUCUGCCUGGACACGAAGCGGAACGAGGAGGAGUAACUUUUCUAGGACAGGUGUUUCGGAUGAGGUGUCUUGCUGCAUGCGUUAUUGAUACCAAGGGUUGCUUUUUCUCUAAGAAGAGGCGUAUAGCCUUCUAAGAACCAUUGACUUUUAACAGACUGAUAAAACAACAUAUGAUUAUGAUAAGAAUUAUGAUCUAGGAUGACUCUGAAUGACUCAGUGAUUGGGAAGAUAUCGGGUUAGAAUAUAUUAGAAAAGAUGUGCCCGCAAUUACCAUGUAAACAAUAAGUUACCCUCAUGAUGGAUCACGAAUGCGACGUAUUGAAUUACCUCGACAUUUCACGGCGCAGACGGAGGCCUCUAAAGACAGCAAUUAACAAGAGAAUUUAACAAUAAGACACCAAUGAUCAAAUUAUGAAGCUGCACUUCGGCAAUUGAGUUGAUUUUCUAGGAUCAGAUAUCGCGAAAUUCAACACUCAGGGUUAUAUUCCGAUAUAAAGGAAAACUGGA